AUGAGGCCUCUUCCUGUGGAUUCGGCUCUCAGCCAUCCUGGGCGUCGCGAUAUCGACUGCGCUGCACAAGUCCCACUUCCUGCAGAGCAGGAUAACUAUAAGUUCGUACGCCUGCCGCAGCUGAGAAACCGUGCAAUCGCAAGAUCCAAUCCGUGUCCAAACUCCAACUGCCAAAGAAUACUCAUACAUCAUGCUCGCUUCAUCAACCAUAGCUUUGCUGGCUUUCUGCCAAACUACCUUCGCGAUUGUAUUUCCCGGGCCAGCUCCGACUGCAGUGGGCGAGGCCAAUCUGAAUGGCCGCUCACCUAGACCUACAGGGGGGCCUCCAUCUUUGCCUGAGCUAUUCCGUAGGCAACAGAGAGACAAUGGAAUGUGUGGCUAUCUCAACGGAGACAGCGAGGCUCCAGUGUCUUGCUCGAUUGGAACCUGUCUCUACGAUGAUACUAUUUCCUGGUUCGGCUGCUGUACUGGCUCCAGUCGCUCGGAUUGUGAGCUUUUCACUACCUGUGUGGGCUCAGCAUCCAUCAGCUCCUGCCUCUCUAAUUCAGCUUGCGCGAACGACGACUUCGCGUUAGCCUGCACCGCGUCUACAGCAGGCGUGUGUAUGACCAUGUGGGGCGAGGUUGAUGAGGGCUCAGUGAGUAACUAUGUAUGCGGCUCCUCAAGCACGAGGGUUCAGGUCGUUGCAACACCGACAGCUGGGGCUGGCAGUGUAUCGGGGACAGCGCGGUCGACCAGCAUCAGUGGCUUGUCGUCAUCUCGGGAUGGUGAUGAUGAUUCGACCGCUGCUAUCCAAACCUCGAGGCCUGGUGCGAGUUCUACGUCGAGCGAUGAUCGCCCAAGGAUCAACACGGCAGUGACAGGGACUACACGGGCAGCAGCUACCACAUCGCAGUCUACAGCUGCUGCUAUGAAGACGGCUCAGGUAGUUCUUGGAGCUGUUGGUGGUCUUGCAGGCGUCAUUGCUUUGUUUGUCUGAGUUCGCCUGCAGAUUUGAUAUCGUACUG